CUGGCUGUUGAAUAGAGUCUCAUCAGUGUAUUUUUCUGGCUUUUUGAAGAAAAAAAAAAAACGAAUUAAUCUUCCCAAAUGUCUGCCAAACCAAAGGUGUACCAAGGAGUUAGAGUUAAGAUCACGGUUAAAGAAUUGUUGCAACAAAGAAGGGCUCUCCAAGCAGAAAAGAAUGUUUCAGAAAUCCAGGAGCAAAGAAUUCAGAUUUGUGAUCCAUCCCCUCUCUAUUCAGACAUUUAUAAUGAUUGUCAAGUUAUACCAACUGCACCAAGCUGUCACUUCCAGACCAACCAACUCCCAAAUUGCAUUUCUCAGGAGGAACCUUUGAGCUUUUUGGAUCAGUUGUUUCUGAAUGCUUACCUUCAACCAGAACCCCACACAGAAAACACUUUCAACCUAAUGGAAAAUGCAUCUCUUUGUUCACAUGGAGACAAUAUGCAGCCUGCUCCCAUCUUCAGACAGAACAUGGCUCCAGAAUCACCUUCAGAUUCAUCAGAUUUAUCAAACUCAUUUGAAUAUUCCCCAACCCAGCAAGAGGUAGGCUUCGCCCCACAGAGCUACAGUUCUCCAUCUUACGAGGAGCCUAGAAGUUGUGUCUUUUCAAAUGUGGGCUAUCAUUGCCAACAGAGAAAUGGAGCCACAUUCUGUUACUGUGAACACUGUUGCCCUGUGUCACAGCAAGAAGAGGCACAGGUACCAAAUACCUGUUAUUACAACUACACAGACUGUAUUGAAUAUAUCCCAUCAUCGACUGUCACAGAAGACUUCUUUACAAGGGAAAUCAACAACUUUGAUAUGUGUUACAGUUAGCAAAUGAAGUCUGAUGAAGUGUGCCUAUUAACACGUAUUGCCUAGGUUAUUUGUAAAUGCACUGAAACAGUUAUACAUAUAUUCAUCUCUAAUUAAAAAAACAAAACAGGUUCUAUACACUAAAUCAAUCACAUAAAUCACAUCUGCCAUAAAUGCUCUAUAAUUCAUUAUAUCUACUGACCUAAUCAUCAACAGGACCCUAAACCUAUGUUUCCUGGGUUUGUGGAAGACAAUGACCAAAAUAAGUGUGUCAAGUGAGUUAAAUCACCCUAUUAACAAUGUCAAUGCAAUUAUCGCACUUUAACCUCAACUGAAAGUGAUGCUUUAGUAACAAUGCCAGAUUGUUGGUUCAAGCUACUCUGAUCUAUCUUUAACCACUCCAUGAUCAAAAAAGUUAUUUUUGUAUUUAAUCUUGAGCUACUCCAGCAGAAGGCAGUUUGCUUUUGGAAUCAGAGCUCUAAUUGGAGACUUGUACCAUAUAUCCAAUAUUGGCCAUUUUAUUGAAUUCAAAUGAGGUUUUGAAGACUUUCAGCGAGCCUUAGUGUGAAUAUUUACUCUUGAAGGCAUUUAAGAAGAACCCAAGAUCUUUUAACAAAUUGCGAACAUUAUAAAUUGCUCAUUUGCACUUUUGCUUCAACUGUUAUUACAUGUGUUUCCUUAAAAUAACUGGAGUAUAUGGGGCCUUUUGACACAUAUGUGAAAAUAUAAUGUAACAAUACCUUUGGAGGAACAAAAAGAAGAACUCAUAGUCACCUUAACUUUCUCAAGCUUGGAAAUGAAAUAGAUAGGGCUUUUGAUUUCUCCCCCAACUCAGCACUGCUAUAGCAGAACCGAGAUACCACCAAACCAGUCACAAUCUUCUCAGGUUAGUUUCUUUGAAUUCCAAAUUAUGCAGUUUUUUUCUAAAUAUUCUAGAAGACAAUUUUUGUAGGAACUUAAUGGUUUUUUUUAAAUGAAAAUAUAUUUUAGUAGAUUAUACUCUUUUGUACAAUAUGCUUGAAGAAAUAGGUGGGCUAGGGAAGCUGGAUUAUCAAAUAUUCAUUUAUGUUUUUCUUCCUAAAUUUGUGAUUGUAAAUCACCAUGCACAAAAUCAUUUAUUGCUAUAAAACCUG